UCUUCUUCUUUCUUUAGAAACCAUUCAUUGAAAAAUUAAACAAUAAAAACAAAUCAUUAUUUAACAUUGAAAUUUAUUAAUUGAAACAAAAUGUGGCCGAUUCUUUUAGCUGUUUUACGUCGAAAUGCAGUCUACAUCACACUUCCCAUUGCAGGAGUGGUAGGAUUUAUAGGAUAUAAUUUGGAAAGUUUACUUUCUGACAAAUAUACGCCGUACAGCAAAUCUGUCCAAGAGAAUCGAGCCGAACGUCUAACAGAAGAUGACAUUCUGGCUAAUGCUGGUCACGUGGAUAAGUUACGCUUAAAAGAAAAUGUUUUGGAACGAAAUUUACCUCCUUCUUUACAAAAGAAAAUCUGAAAUGAUGACACACCCGCAUUUAAAAAUAUAAAUUUGGACAAAUAGAGAAGAUUCAAGCUACUAAAUAAAAAAAAUGUAAAAAUGUAUUUAAUUUAAAAUAUUAAUUAAUAAUUUAUUAUUAUUUAUAUAAAUAAGCUCAGCAAAAGAAUGUAUGA